AUGAGAGACAGAGGAGGACAGAGGAGGAGGAUGGAAGAGGAAAAGGUUCCUUGGAAAGGUUCCAAGGAAAAGAGGAUAGGCUGACUGUGUGCAGGUGUAUAAAAAGGAGGACGGGGGGCGCGGUGAGGAGUAGGGAGAUUUACCAGUAAACCGACCCUUGAUCCUUCCUCAAAUUAGUCAUUUGACCCCACAAUCUGUGGCUAAAGGGAUGAUCCUGUAGUUUGAUCCUAAUCCCAUGUUACAUCCCUGCAGUUUGCAGAGAUUCUAAGGAUUUGCCAGGUACAUCUCAGGUAAAUCUUGUUUCCAGAUUAAGGCUCAUCCCUGUAUUGUGGCAUUUUAAGACCACAAUGUCAAGCGAUACAUGGCAGGCACCAGGCAGCAGGUUGAUGGAAGAAAGGGUUCACAUGUGAUGAAGCUCAGGGAAAGGGCAACUGACAACAAAACUAAGCAUCUUAUGUAGCUAACAUUAGCUCUACCUGUUAGUCAUGACCAUGUAUGAGUUAAAAAAAUAAGUCCAACUACUAUAGAAUAAAGUUGAUCAAGGAAAUCAAUAAGAUGGGGAACACUUUUCCAUGUUUACAUAGUGGGGUGGUGUCAUGAGAGUAUGUUUGCCUAUUGGUGUGUCUGCAUGAGUUAUUGCAAAAAGACAGUAACUGAAAAAAGUAGCUGAGACACUUCGCAGAUCCAAGGUCUGCGGCUGCCAUCCCUGACAAUAUAUGCUAUGAUAUCGUGAAGAGGAAAAAUAUACAAAACGUUCUGGUGGAAGAUCUCCCGAGUGGCGCAGUGGUCCAAGGCACUGCAUCGCAGUGCUAGCUGUGCCACUAGAGAUCCUGGUUCGAAUCCAGGCUCUGUCGUAGCCGGCCGCGACCGGGAGACCCAUGGGGCAGUGCACAAUUGGCCCGGGGUAGGGGAGGGAAUGGCCGGCAGGGAUGUAGCUCAGUUGGUAGAGCAUGGCGUUUGCAACGCCAGGGUUGUGGGUUUGAUUCCCACGGGGGGCCAGUAUGAAAAAAAUAAAAAAUAUGUAUGCACUCACUAACUGUAAGUUGCUCUGUAUAAGAGUGUCUGCUAAAUGACUAAAAUGUGAAUGUUCUGAAUAUCCAUGUCCUGUUCAGAGAAGAAUCAUGGUAGUGAAAAUAUAUUAUUUGUUAGUGAGGUAUGUUGAUCAGAAUUCACCUGAUUUCAACUCUCAGAAACCUACUAGACAUCCUUUCCAGUGAAGGAGGGAGGAAUGGACUAGGGGGGUGGGGUGUAUAGGGGACUUAUUGGCUUGCUGCCGGAUAGUCGUAAGCUUUCUGUUUUCACCCGAUCAAGGUUUAUCUCUAACUCUAAACCGUAAUCUCUGUCCCUCGUCAAAGGUCAUCAAUUCAGAUAGUGUAAUCCAAGGAGCAGUUUAAGGGUUACAUGCCUUGCUCAAGGGCCAGAUUCUUCUGUACGAAUUGGGGAUUCAAACUGGAAACCCUCAGGUUUCUGUUCCACCACUCUAACCUACUGCUGUUUGUUAUAUGGCCCUCCUUUUUUGUUCCAUGCAAGCUACAUCUUGAUGCCAAUUGGUACAUUUAGACCUGAAUGUGACUUUUAAAUGUAAGAUUGAAAAAUCAAUUGACAUUUAAACAGUCUUUCACACUGUGCUCAGUGUGCAAGAGCUUCCCUGUAGAAAGGUAGACAAUGAGAUCAAGGCUCUCUAGGUUUGCUUAGAAUCUGUAAUGAAUGAGUAAAUGUGUUGAUGGAUUAACACUUAACAUAAUUCAUUUUUAAAGUGGAGUUUCCAAACAUUGUGGAGGUAAGUGCCACUGCCCAGUCAGCUUGUUCUUUCUACCCCGUUCGCCACAUCCCUUUCCCGCUCCCCCUGGGUUAUGUUCGAAGGAAGGUUAAUGUCCCUCAAAGAUUAGUCCCUCAGAGAUUAAUGGGAACUGGAAACGGCAGUUACCACCUCAUAAGAGCUGCCGACACAGCCUAGCUUGAAUCAGUGAUAUACGUUACAAACUCCAAAAGUAUGGCGAUGUUUUCCAUCCUAGCACUGUCCGCACCAACAAAAACAGCAUGUCUCUACUACAAAUUAAAUUAUUCAAUUCUUUCUCACUGGCUCCUUUAAAAUGGAUUACUGCGCCCAACAAAGUAAGGUCUCUUCUGGCAGAAGGUCACUGUCACGGGGGCAACUUAAUCCUAAAGUUUAUUCUUCCACCAACAAGAUCAGGAAGAUCCGCAGGAGAAGCUUGUUCCUGGCAUCACUUAUAAGAGGUUUAUAUGUGGUUUAUGGACAUAUAAAAGGGAGACUUCCAGCAUCUCAGGGCACAUCUCAGGAACGUACGGGUGGUGGUCAGAUGCAGAGAGGAGCCAAGAUGGCAAAGGACUUCUAUCUGUAUGAGAACAUCUCUAAAAUCAGCCCAUUCGAGGGGCCACAGUAUCACCUGGCCCCAGCAUGGGCUUUCUACCUACAGACCGCUUUCAUGGGCUUUGUGUUCUUUGCAGGAACACCCCUAAACUUUGUCAUUCUCCUGGUGACAGUGAAGUACAAGAAGCUGAGACAACCGCUGAACUACAUCCUGGUCAACGUCUCGUUAGCAGGUUUCAUCUUUGUGACGUUCUCUGUGAGUCAGGUGUUCAUCGCUAGUACGAGAGGAUACUUCUUCAUGGGUCACACCUUGUGUGCAAUGGAAUCUUGCAUGGGUUCAAUAGCAGGUAAAUUCAAACAUCAUCAUAGGAACAAAAAAAGCAACAACAACUUUAGUGAUUCAUUUUACCCUUCUGAUUAUAUGCAUGCAAACUAUUUGCAAAGUUCUUGUGUUCGAUGUCUUUGAUGUCUCCUAACAUGUUGAUGUCUCCUUCCCUCUUCCUCAGGGUUGGUGUCAGCUUGGUCCCUGGCUGUCCUUGCCUUUGAAAGAUACGUGGUCAUCUGCAAACCCUUCGGCACCUUCAAAUUUGACAACAACCAGGCUCUGGCAGCUGUUGCCUUCACCUGGGUCAUGGGGAUCGGAUGUGCCACCCCACCAUUCUUCGGCUGGAGCAGGUACUGAUCCCCAGCCUCUCACACCCACUUUGAUCUUGUACUGUAUUAUAUACUGAACAAAAAUAUAAACGCAACAUGCAACAAUUUCAAAGAUUUUACUAAUCUAUGGAUUUCACGACUGUGGAUAAAGAUAUGCAUCUAUUGGUCACAAAUACCUUUUUUAAAAAGGUAGGGGUGUGGAUCAGAAAACCAGUCAGUAUCUGGUGUGACACCUCAUGCAGCGCAACAUAUCUCCUCCGCAUAGAGUUGAUCAGGCUGUUGAUUGUGGCCUGUGCAAUGUUGUCCCACUCCUCUUCAAUGGCUGUGUGAAGUUGCUGGAUAUUGGCAGGAACUGGAACACGCUAUUGUACACGUUGAUCCAGAGCAUCCCAAACAGGCUCAAUGGGUGACAUGUCUGGUGAGCAUGCAAGCCAUGGAAGAACUGGGACAUUUUCAGCUUCCAGGAAUUGUGUACAGAUCCUUGCGACAUGAGGCCGUGCAUUAUCAUGCUGAAACAUGAGGUGAUGGCGGUGGAUGAAUGGCACGACAAUGGGCCUCAGGAUCUCGUCACAGUAUCUCUGUGCAUUCAAAUUGCCAUUGAUAAAAUGCUAUUGAGUUCAUUGUCUGUAGCUUAUGCCUGCCCAUACCCUAACCCCACCACCACCUUGGGGCACUCUGUUCACAAUGUUGACAUCAGCAAACCACUCGCCCACACGACUCCAUAAACGUGGUCUGCGGUUGUGAGGCCGGUUGGGCGUACUGCCAAAUGAUCUAAAACUACAUUGGAGGCGGCUUAUGGUAGAGCAAUGAACAUUAAAUUAUCUUGCAACAGCUCUGGUGGACAUUCCUGCAGUCAGCAUGCCAAUUGCACGCUCCCUCAAAACUUGAGACAUCUGUGGCAGAUGUUGUGUGACAAAACUGCACAUUUUAGAGUGGCCUUUUACUGUCCCCAGCACAAGGUGCACCUGUGUAAUGAUCAUGAUGUUUAAUCAGCUUCUUGAUAUGCCACACCUGUUAGGUGGAUGGAUUAGGCCCCGUGUAGCUCAGUUGGUAGAGCAUGGUGCUUGCAACGCCAGGGUUGUGGGUUCGAUUCCCACGGGGGGCCAGUAUGAAAAAUGUACGCUCUGGAUAAGAGUGUCUGCUAAAUGACUAAAAUAUUAAUAAUCUUGAUAAAGGAGAAAUGCUCACUAACAGGGAUGUAAACAAAUUUGUUCACAACAUUUUAGAGAAAUAAGCCUUUUGUGCACAUGGAACAUUUCUGGGAUCUUUUAUUUCAUCUCAUGAAACAUUGGACCAACACUUUACAUGUUGCGUUUAUAUUUUUGUUCAGUGUAGUUUGGAUGAAUAAAUACUAUUUGUAUUUGGCUACUAUUAGGCUAUUUGGUUCACAUUGGGGAAAAUGGUAAAUAUCCUAAAAUGGUUUCAAAUUCAAAGUUUUGCCGUACACGUGCAAGGUUCUGAGUUUGCAAUUAAUGUCACUAAUUGGCUUCAAAGUCUGCAUCGCUCGCUGCUUUCCAAGUCUAGAUAAGUCGCUGAUUGAUACAGGCAAGGAUGAAAACCUGCAGACAGACACUGUGUGGGGCUUUAGUUACUGUAACUUGGGUUUAUUUUACAGGUAUAUCCCUGAGGGUCUGGGCUGCUCCUGUGGACCUGACUGGUACACAAACAACGAGGAGUUCCACUGUGCCAGCUACACCAACUUCCUCAUGGUGACCUGUUUCAUCUUGCCCAUGAUCAUCAUCUUCUUUUCCUACUCCCAGCUACUGGGAGCACUACGGGCUGUGAGUACAAUGCAUUCUGGGUUUAAAAAACGUACAAAAACAAAACAAAGUACAGAAUAGUCAUGAUUUGGAACCCAGACGUGACCAGCUUGUCCUGUGUGUGUUUCUGUGUGUGUGUAUGUGUAGGUGGCAGCUGCGCAGGCUGAGUCAGUUUCCACCCAGAAGGCAGAGAAGGAAGUAUCCAGGAUGGUGAUUGUGAUGGUGUGCUCCUUCAUUCUGUGUUACGGCCCCUACGCCCUGGCAGCCUUGUACUUUGCCUAUUCAACAGAGGAGAACAAAGACUACCGCCUGGUCACCAUCCCUGCUUUCUUCUCUAAAAGCUCCUGUGUAUACAACCCUCUCAUUUACGCCUUCAUGAACAAACAGGUGAGUCUAUAACCCCCAAAUGCAUAGAUAUACACCGACAUAGUGGCAGACACACACUCAGUCAUUGACAAACACUCAGAAAUGAAGCACAUCAGAGGUGAGUCAGAACAGAACACACAACCUUAUCAUGUUCAUUCUCUGUCAUAUAAAUCUACUUCCCUCUCCUCAGUUCAACGCCUGCAUCAUGGAGACCGUGUUUGGAAAGCAGAUUGAGGAGACUUCAGUUUCAGCCUCCAAGACUGAGGUCUCCACAGCAUAAGCUGUGACGCUGGUCUCAGUCCAUCAGGAGCCCAUCCCCAACAGCCAAGACCUGACUGCCCCUUACCUCCACUGCUUCAUACCAGGAAGGUCCUACUGUCAGAGAACUUCUCCAAACUCCAUAGUAUUAUUCUUAUCAUAAUCAGUGUGCGAUUUGUAUAGGGUUUGCGGUGGUAUUGUUGGCCAUUUUAUUUUUUAAUUCAAAUGGGAACACCCCUUAGGACACCAUAAUAGCCAAAAAGAAGGGGGUUAUUUUCUCCUCUCUCCUCUCCCCCACAAAUCGCACCCUGUUUAAGAAAGUUAUGAAUCAUGUACAUUUCAUUCUGAAUAUUGACCGAACCUGUCUGAUGAUGGCUUAUAUUAGCUUACCAAAGCUGCAGUCCAAAAAUAGCAAUGCAUGAAAAAAAUGAAGAAAAAACAUUAGUUUAGCACUUUUAUUUUUGUAUCUCUGGUAUGGGGGGGGGGGU